AUGGGUUUGUGCAACCGCGGGGCGCAGCAUCACGCGGGACGGCCAGUGCCGGCGGCGUCGAUAGCUCGAGGCUACGGAUAUCCUGAGUCACGAAGGUUGAAGCAGAGUAUCUACAACUACCUUUGGGAGACUACAUUAACGGACUGUUUCCGCCGCUUUUCCCUCUUUCCUGUACAGAUCGCUCGUUUCUGGGUUCUCCGGACCCACGCAUUCUCAGCCGCUGUUGCGCUUGCUUCUGUCAUCACCCACGGAGGGCUCACGAAGACCGUGCAGGUGGCGCUGGGCGAGCUCAAGGCUAGCGUACGACCUAUUCGAAAAAGCUGCGCUGCACGGCGGACGCUUGCAGUUCCUGAGAUGUAUGUGAAGCAGCCACCAGCAGAGUGCCACCAGCCCCAGCAUUCGCAUCAGUAG